AAAAAGCUAGCUGAGGUGAAGAUGAGAGAGAGAGGAAGAGAGAGAACGAGAGCAAGCAGGGGACACGGAGAAUCACUGGUAAGGCUAACUUCUCAGAGAUCAGUGUUUGGUAGGCAAACUGAUCAGGUGCAAAGGCGCAGAGGAGAUGGUAAUAUUAGACAAGAGGGAUGCAGACAAAGUUUUGGAGGAUACGAUUGGAAGAUUUAUAACCAAGCUACAGCUUUUUUCUUCACAAACUUUCCUGAGGAGUGGAACUAUGAAGAUUUGUGGAGACUCUUCUCAAAAUAUGGGAGAAUCUACUCUAUUUACAGCCCAGAAAAGAGGGACAGAUUUGGGAGAAGAUUUGGUUUUAUUCGGUUUCUGGAGGUGAAGGAUAAGAAAGAGUUGGAACGCCAAUUAGAUCAGAUCUGGAUUGGUCACACAAAACUCAGGGAAAACAUCCCCAGAUUCAAAGAGGAAGACCGGAAUGGCAAGAAGGAAAGCAAACCAAAAAUCGGGAUGCAAAACCAUCCUGAUAGUCGCCCGGUAAACAAUCAAAUCCAAGGAGGGUCGGAAAGAAGAUGGGGCAGUAGAAAGGUUGAACCACACCGGUCUUAUGCAGAUGUCCUAAGAGGUAGCAGAAACACCAGACCCAUGGCAGAGCAUAGAGGAAACCCAAGGACGAAGCACUCAGAAAAGCCUAAUAGAAGAGAAUGGCAGAAGAAAAAUAACGACCAGGAAUGGACAGGUUUUGAGUUCAAUGUGAAAGAGGAGGACUAUAGCUGGUUACAAGGGUGUUACGUGGGCCAAGCACACUCUGUAGAAAUUGUUCCAUGCAUACAGGAGAGAUUUUACAUGGAGGGGUAUUUUGCAUGUAAGCUGAAGGCAAUGGGAGGUAAGCUAGUUCUCCUGGAGAGUGAAGAUAAAGAUGAAUUGAAGGACUUAGUGGAGAAUGCUUCAUAUUGGUUAGGCCAAUGGUUCAAGGAGAUCAAACCUUGGAGUCCUUGCAUGGUGGCAAAUGAACGUUUCGUAUGGAUUAGAUGCACAGGUGUUCCACUACAUUCUUGGGGGCCUACAUUUUUCUCCACUCUUAGUUGUAUCUGGGGAAAAUUCAUUACUUUGGAUGAAAGCACAAGCAAGAAGAAACGUUUUGACAUUGCAAGAUUCCUUAUAUGCACACCAGUCAUGGAUUCCAUUUCAAAGAAGCUCAAAGUCAAGAUCAACGGAACAGUCAAAAAGGCUCUGUGGCAAGAGUUAAAAUCGCUAGUGUUAGGCACUAAAGGCAAUUGGUGUUUAGUAGGCGAUUUUAAUGCAGUCAAGAGUAGACAAGAAAGAGCAGGGGGCAAAGGAUCCACAACAAAAAUGAGAGAAUUUGAGGAUUUUAUCAGAGACUCGAAUCUUGUUGAUUUGCCUUUGUGUGGUAGAAGAUAUACUUGGUAUCAAGUAAAUGGGGCAUCCAUGAGCAAGAUUGAUCGAUUCUUAUUAUCAGAGGAUUGGCUGUUGAAUUGGAGUGAUUGCAAACGGUGGGGACUAGGGCGCUCCAUAUCAGAUCAUUAUCCUAUCAUUCUGAAGAACAUCUUAGUGGAUUGGGGACCAAGGCUGUUCAAAUGGUUUGAUGCAUGGCUGGACACACCAGGUUUGAGGGAUGAAAUCAAAAAGGUAUGGAACUCAACUAAGGUAUCUAGAUGGAAGGGAUACUGUUUGAAGGAAAAAUUCAAAGCUGUCAAGAGGUUUCUUAAAGCUUGGAGUAUGAAUUUCAAGGAAGAAGUAGAUAGGAACAUUAUAGAAUAUAAAGCAGCCAUUGCUAGCUUGGAUGCUAAGGGAGAACAGAAUAACUUGUCAACUAAAGAAUGUGUAGAAAGACAGAGGAACUUUGUAGAUUUAUGGAAAUGUUUAAAAACAAAAGAAGGCAUGUUGAAACAGAAAUCUAGGAAAAUGUGGAUCAAGAAUGGAGAUGCCAAUACAUGUUAUUUCCAUAGAUGUGUCAAAAGCAGAAUUAGGAAGAAGGAGAUAUGUUGUUUGCAUAUGGAUGGACAAUUGGUGGAUGAUGUACAAAUAUUAAGACAGAAGAUUGUAGAGCACUACACAAGUUUUUUCAAGGAUGAGGAGUGGAAAAGACCAACAUUGGACAGCAUAGCUUUUAACAGGCUCCCCCCAGAUUCUGCUGCCAUGUUAGCUGACAAUUUUACCGAAGAAGAAGUAAAGAAGGCAGUUUGGGAUUGCGGAGUUACAAAGGCACCAAGCCCAGAUGGAUUUAAUUUUCAAUUCAUAAGAGAAAUGUGGGAGGUGUUGAAGGAAGAUAUCAUGGGCUUCAUACAAGAAUUUCAUGAGAAUGGCAAGUUAGUUAGAGGAUUGAAUGAAUCUUUCAUUGUACUCAUCCCUAAGAAGGAAAAUCCAUUAGAGUUGGAGGAUUUCAGACCCAUUUCCCUGAUUGGUGCUAUGUAUAAAAUCCUAACUAAGAUACUCACAAACAGAUUAAGUCGAGUUAUGCAGGAAAUCAUUGGGGAACAACAAACAGCUUUUGUGAAAGGUAGACAGCUCAUGGAUGGUGUAGUGGUUGCAAAUGAGGUUAUACAUGAAGUACGCAGGAAAAGAAAGAGUAGCUUUGUAUUCAAGAUUGAUUUUGAGAAGGCUUUUGACAAAGUCAGUUGGAAAUUCCUGGAUUACAUGCUAGAACGUAUGGGAUUUGACUCCAAGUGGCGAGGUUGGAUUCAAGAAUGUCUAAGCACCAGCAGAGUUUCAAUUUUGGUUAAUGGCAGUACUACAAAUCAAUUCUCAGUCAGUCAAGGGUUGAGGCAAGGUGAUCCGCUGUCAUUGUUCUUAUUCUUGAUAAUUGCUGAAGGCUUGAAUGGAAUAAUUGCGUCAACCAUUUCAAAAAAGUUGUUUGCUGGUGUAUCAGUAGCUGGGAGUUAUGCCUUUCAAGUAUUUAGGGGUCCCUAUUGGGGACAACCCAAGAAGAUUGAAAAUCUGGCAACCGCUGGUGGAAAAUUUCAAGAAGAAGUUGUCACAAUGAAAGGGGAGAUUCGUAUCCAUGGGAGGCCGAAUUACUCUGAUAAAUGCUAUGUUGUCAAGCCUACCAGGUGGGAAAAUGUGUGCAAAAGCAAAGAGGAAGGGCGUCUUAGAGUGAAAAAUCUUAGAACUUUUAAUUUAGCCUUAAUGGGGAAAUGGUGGGGAAGGUUAGCUAAGGGGGAGGGUGGUUUGUGGCACAAGGUUUUAAAGGCUAAGUAUGGGAGAGAGGGCGUAAAUUGGACGAGAUGGAUGAAAGAGAACAGUGAGUUAGGAUCUCUAUGGUGGAGAGAUGUAUGUAGGCUAAAUGAGAUAAGGGGGAGUAACAUAGGAUGGCUAGAGAGAGGUUUUGAGUUGGAUGUGGGGGAAGGUAAGGAGAUGCUGUUUUGGAAGGAGAAUUGGGUGGGGAUUGGUGAGUUGGCCAACUUGUUCCCUAGAUUAUUUUUAUUAUCUACAGGUAAAGAAAAUGUAAUUAGUCAAAUGGGCAAAUGGAAGAAUAGAGAGUGGACUUGGAAUUUGAAGUGGAGGCAUGCUCUCCGGGAAGAGGAAACUAUCCAAUUACAGAAUAUGAUUAGUAGGUUGAACACCAAAUCACUUACCAAGGGAAGAAGGGACGUAUGGCAUUGGAAACAUGAUCAAAAUGGCAUCUACAGUGCAAGUUCAGGUUACCAGACACUAUCAAGAUCCUUCUCAUCCACAAGGGGGGUAAUUUUCAACAAGAUUUGGAACCCCCACAUACCCACAAAGGUCAGUGCAUUCAGUUGGCUAGUCACACAAGACAGAAUUCCAUCUAAAGUUAAUUUAUGGAUGAGGGGUGUAUUGAGAGAUGUUAGUAUGAUUAUGUGUAAAAUGUGUGAGGAGGGUGAUGAAUCAACAAGGCACCUAUUUCUACACUGCCAUAUAGCUAAUAUAUUGUGGGGAAGAUGCUGUUGUUGGUGGGGUGUGGAAGGUGUUCUUGCCGAAUCCUGUUCAAAGGCUUUUGUUCAACAUGAAGGCUGGUUCAAAGAUAAAAGGUUAAGGGAGGGAUGGGAGGUGAUUUGGUUUGCAGUCAUAUGGACAAUUUGGUUAGCUCGUAAUGGAAAAAUCUUCAACAAUGAGACAGUGGAUACAGACCAACUAUUUCAAUUGAUUCAAGCCAGAUCAUUCAUAUGGCUCAAGGAGAGAAAAAGAGGACACAAAUUUUCCCUCUCAGACUGGUUGCAAGGUCCUAGAUCGAGCAUGAGGAAUGGUUAGCAAAUUUUCUAAAUUGUGUGUUUAUGUAUGAUUUAAGAAGAAAUCAGUCCAAAGUCUUGGCAUCUUUUUGGAUUUGAGGAAGGGUUGCUGGUUGUAUGUUUUCCAGCUGGGAUAGGAUGCAAAACCCUGUGGUGUGUUUUUGAAGGACUAGAUGUGCUAUUCUACCAUUGAAAAAAUUGCAAAGGAGGAC